AUGUUACAUUUAUUAGCAAAACGUGCAUGCAUAACUAAUCGACAAACAUUAUAUUUCUCUAAAUCAAUUGUUCGUAAUAGUUCUUACUUAGUAAUACCUGAAUUACCACCUCCUGUUGAAGGUAUUGAUGCUGUAUUUCAUUCUGAAACACUUCCAUCAUUUGAACAUGCUACACCACAAGUUGUUGUAAGUGGUGGUCUUCGAUUAUGUUCAGAAUUUGAUACUACUAUUCAACAACAUGUUGAAAAAUUAGCAAAUGAUACAUCGAAACCAACAUUUGAAUCUAUAUUUAAUCCGAUUGAAGAUUUAAAUGUUCCAUUUGAAACGGGUCAUUAUACAAUUCGUCAAUUAGCACUUGUUAAACAAAGAACAUUUGCUAAAUUAUUUUCCAAAUUUGAUAGUCAUUUUUCUAUUCAUCGAGAAUAUCGUUUUCAAGAUCCAGCACUUUUCAAUCUUGUUCAAAAUCUAAAUACUGAUGAAAAUCGAAGGAAAUUAAAAGAUUGGCAACAAACAUUAAUUAACGUUUAUUUAUACUAUGGAAAAUUAAAUGGUUGUCAUUUAAAUAAUGAAAAUCUUGAUCAAAUGCAAUUACUCAAUGGAAAACUUAGUCAAUAUCAAUAUAGUUUUGCUCAAAAACUUUUAUAUGCAAAUAAAACAUUUACACAUCUUGAACUUGAUCCAUUCGCUUUUGAUGAUGUACCAUAUCAUAUAAAACAACAAUUUGCAGUUGAUAAAGCUAAACCAGAUUCAGGACCAUGGAAACUUGAUUUAUCUGAUCGGACAUUUCAUAUAAUAAUGUCUUAUUGUGGUAAUCGAUCAUUAAGGAAACUUAUGUUUGAAGCCUAUUAUGGUCGUGCAUCACCAUCGUCUACUCGAUUAAAUCGAAAUGUAGAUAAUAUUGUUGAAAUAACUCGAAAAAGAAAGUCAUUAGCUAAAUUUCUUGGUUAUUCUUGUUUUGCUGAUAUUGUUUUACAAUCUAAAAUGGCUCGUAAAAAAGAAACAGUACAAGAAUUUAUUGAAACAACCCGUUCAAAAUUAAAACCAAUACAUGAUGAAGAUAUUCGUCAAUUAACGGCAUAUGCACAAGAAAAAUCAAAUAAACCAAAAGAAUAUGAACAAUUACAAGCAUGGGAUGUUGCUUAUUGGCGUCAUAAACAAUGUCGAGAUUUAUAUUCAUCAUUAAAGAUUGAUCCACUACAAAUAAGUCGACAUUUUUCAUAUGAACAUGUGUUACAAGGACUUUUUAAUUUUGUUGAAUUUCUUUUUGGUGUUAAAUUUGAAUUAGAAAAUAAUUUUGAUGAACAAUAUAAAUGGCAUACCGACGUACAAGUUUACAGAUGUACAGAAAAUGGAACGACAAUUGGUCAUUUGUUAAUUGAUGCAUUUGCUAGACCAAACGAAAAAUCAGAAUUAUGUAUUGGUACAGCAGGACGAGAUCUUUGCCAACGUCAUAAUAUUUUACCAAUUGCUUAUCUCAAUAUGAGUUUGCCACGGAUUGAAGGAACAGCAACUUUGAUGGCGUUGUCUCAACUCAAAGAAAUGUUUUUUGCUUUUGGUCGUGUUCUUCAAGUUCUUCUUACUCGUUCGUCAAAUCAUGAAUUAUCUGGUAUACGUAAUCUUGAAGCUGAUGCACUUGAUAUUGUUCCAAAUUUUUUUCUUCAAUGGCUUCGUGAUCCAAAUAUUCUUUCAUAUAUAAGUCAAAAUGUUGAAACAAAACAAAUUCUUGAUUCUUCCGUUUAUCAUCGUGCUUUAAAUCAAGUUGAUCAUCAUAUGAUAUCACAUGAUAUUCUUCGACAAUUAUAUUUAAGUGCAUUUGAUCUUGAAAUUCAUACAAAUGCAACUAAUUAUUAUGAUGCUAUGAAUAAAUUAUGGUCAUUAUUUACACCAAUACCAUUACAUAAUCGUGAUUUUCAUCCAUGUAGUUUUGAACAAAUCUAUUCUGAACAAUUAGCAUCAGCUUAUUAUUCACAUAAAUGGUCUGAAAUGAUUGCAUGUGAUUUAUUUAAUGCUUUUAAAGAAAUAGGAAUAAAUGAUAAAGAGAAAAUUUCAGCACUUGGAAAAAGAUUUCGUGAAACAAUCUUAGCACGAGGUGGUACAAUUAGUAUGCGAGAACUCUUUCGAGAAUUUCGAUCACGUGAUCCAAGUUAUGAAUAUUAUAUUCAACAAUUAACAACUAAAUUUUAA